AUGGCAGUUAGUGACAGCUGGGCACGAUUGCUGGCGCCGGAUUCAGCUUGGAUGGAGUCGGCCCGGGGCUUUUUCUCUCCAAUGAAAGCUUCCAUAAUCCAUUCUCAUCCAGUUGUUUCUCAAUUAUUUCGCCAUGUAGAUACGGCUACAGAAAGCAUACUGUCUUUUUACGCCCCCGAGCUGCCUCCAAACGCGAGACAGAACAACGGGCUCCCUAUGAUGGACGGGAAAGACGUCGCGAUUAUUAUUUCGGCAUAUAUCCUUCUUGUCGUUCUUAGUCUCAUCCUUGGUAGAGGCUCAGACCCACAGCCAUCGGUCGAUAAGAAAGCAAAAUCACUCAUGGAAAAGAUCGGACCUGUUUUUGCCUUUCAAGCAAUUUAUAACAUAGCACAGGUGGUUUUAUGUAGUUUUUUGGUGUUUCGGGUAAUCGAUGUCUACCGAACAGAAAAUUAUUCAUUUCUGUGCAAUAGAUUCAACGUUCCCAACACACGCAUGGCCGAAGUUACUUGGUUUUUCUACAUGCUGAAGUACCUGGAUCUCUUCGACACGGUCUUCAUGAUUGUGCGGGGAAACUGGCGGCAACUCUCUUUCCUACACGUAUACCAUCACAGUUCGGUUAUUUACAUUUCCUGGGUCAAUGCGAGCGUUGGAUUUGAUGGAGAAAUCUACUACGUCGUCGCGUUGAACGCAUUGGUACACGUGGUGAUGUACGGGUAUUAUUUCAUGGCAAGCCUGAACAUCCCUCUGGCGCGGAUGGUUAAGUUCUUUGUGACGCAACUGCAGAUGGCACAGUUCCUUUCAAUGACUGCUCAUGCCUGUUACCACGUAUACUUUCAUCAAUCUUGCCGUUACCCCAUUAGAGUCACUAUCGGGUAUUUCUUUUAUGUCCUUAGCCUCUUCUUGCUCUUCAGAAACUUCAGCAAAAAGACAUACGGAUCGGCCUCCCAAGCCAGCAAAUUGAAGAAUAAGAUUAAAGCAACAUGA